CCUCAAAAUUGCAAUUUUGUAUCCUCUGGCGCCCAAAGUGGAAAAAUGUCAAAAAGACCUCGAAAGUCGCUUUCCCAGAGCCAAAACACAUCUCGGUUGUCACAGUCCAGGCUUGAGGGUGCUUUUUCGCAAUCUCAAGUCUCAGUCGAUGACGCUGUAAAUAAUUGUGUGCGAUAUAUUAUUUACAAUGGGGGCCAAAAUACUUAUUUUCGUAAAUCUGAUAUUCAAAAAUAUUGUGCGCCUAGAACUGGUCAGUUUUUACAACAAGUGAUUGAAGGGGCGACGCAAAUAUUGGAACAGGUUUAUGGCUACAAACUGUUAGUUUGUGACCAAACUGCGAAUAACAGUAAAGCAUUUAUUGUAACAAAUGCCUUGCCUUAUAAAAAUUAUAUUGUUGAUCAAGAGGAACCUGAUUUUAAGGAUAGUCAAAAAAUUUUACUUUUAUUGAUAUUGAGCCAUAUUUUCAUGUCCAAUGUGGCAACACCUGAAGCUUCUUUACACGCAUUUUUGGAACAUUUUCAAAUUGACGUUAAUGUGAGACACCCAGUAUUUGGAAGUGUCAAAGAUUACAUCAACACUUUAGUAAAACACAAAUAUUUGGCAACAGAGAUUGAUCCAUUGACUAAAAAGGUCAGUUAUAGUUGGGGCAUAUGCUCUGAAACAGAAAUAAGUAAACACGCCAUAUUAAACUUUGUGUGCAAGGUUUACAAGGACCGCCAACCUAAAAGCUGGACAAAUCAGUACCAAAUCGCCAAUGAACAAGGUUUUGACAACGAGCCCAGUAGCGAAAAUGAUGAUUAAUUAAUUUUGUUUGUUAAUUAGUAUGUUCCAAUUUUUUAUUACAAUAAAUUUUGUGCAAGACGCAA